GUGCCAUGGACUCACCCGCCUGUUAUGCCGAGCAAAGGAAGGUUCAGAACUACGUUUCCCAGAGGGUGUUUGCUGCGCACAAAGAUGACCUGAGCCUCGGCCAGGGGAACUGUUUGUAUCCACUAGGACCGGUAGCCACGGAAUUUAUACACCGGCACCAAACGGUAGAGACUGACAGGUGUGUGGCAAUCUGGAUGAGGUCAGUUUGGAGAGUCUCUGGAGACUCGACUACUUUCCCAUCUCUUCACCAUGAGACAGGCCUGGGUUCGCUUCUUCCCUUCACCCUGUAGUUGAUAGUUUUAGAUGUGGCGGCAAUGCUGGAGUAAAGAUGGCAGACAGUGUCAAGAUCUUCCUUAAUGAUCUCAUCAGGGGAAUUAAGGAUUCCAUAUGGGGGAUCUGGACAAUCUCCAAGCUGGAUGCUCGGAUCCAGCAGAAAAGAGAAGAGCAGCGAAAAAGAAGAGCAAGCAGUGUGCUUGCCCAGCGAAGAGCACAAAGUGAAGAGAGGAAGCAGGAGAAUGAACCCCGGAUAGUAAGCCGAAUCGUUCAGUGUUGUGCGUGGAAUGGAGGUGUAUUCUGGCUUAGUCUCCUCUUGUUCUACCGGGUAUUUAUACCUGUACUUCAGUCAGCCACAGCACAAAUAAUUGGUGACCCCUCAUUACACAGUGAUGUCUGGUCUUGGCUGGAAUUUAUCCUCACCUCCAUCUUCAGUGCCCUGUGGGUUCUUCCCCUCUUUGUGCUCAGUAAAGUUGUCAAUGCCAUCUGGUUUCAGGACAUUGCUGAUCUGGCAUUUGAAGUUUCCGGAAGAAAGCCCCAGCCUUUCCCCAGUGUCAGUAAAAUAAUUGCUGACAUGUUGUUUAAUCUCUUACUGCAAGCUCUUUUCCUCAUCCAGGGUAUGAUUGUAAGCCUGUUUCCCAUUGAUAUCGUCGGCCAGUUAAUCAGCCUGCUUCAUAUGUCGCUGCUGUACUCGCUGUACUGUUUUGAGUAUCGCUGGUUUAACAAAGGAAUUGAAAUGCAUCAACGGUUAUCCAACAUUGAAAGAAACUGGCCGUAUUACUUUGGAUUUGGUUUACCAUUGGCUUUUCUCACUGCAAUGCAGUCUUCUUACAUUAUCAGUGGCUGUCUCUUCUCCAUUCUUUUCCCCCUGUUUAUCAUCAGCGCCAAUGAGGCUAAGACACCAGGGAAAGCAUACCACUUCCAGUUGCGCCUCUUUUCCUUGGUGGUCUUCCUCAGCAACAGACUCUUUCACAAGACAGUUUACCUUCAGUCUACCCUGAGCAAUUCUUCUUCGUCCGAUCGACUGCCCUCGCCCCAUUCAUCACCUGCCAGACAAAAGGCUGCUUUGGAGCACUGAACCAUAACCAAAGCGGGGAGGAAGGGAGAGCACUAUUCCUGGUCAUUGUAUACAUGUUCCUGUGAUGCAGGGAAGGGCAGUAAAUGUUCUGCCAAGGGGCUUGUGCAUUCUCCUUCAGCCCCCCCCCCCAUCAUUGCUGUGAGCCCCAGUUGGACACUGGUUUUGUGUUACACACAGUGUGUGGAGAAAAAUAUUUGGAGGGCAGGGAAGGGAGAAGUGGAGCCUGGCUUUUUUUUUUUUUUUAAAAACCUUUUGUGAGUUCUUCAAAAGCCAGGUUCUUAGCUUGUUUUUCAUAUCGUGCAAUGGACCUGUGCCUGUACAUUUUUUUUUGUAUACUCCACCAACUUUUCCCAAGCCAUUUCCCCUCUUCUCCAGGAUGAAUGAUUUUUGUAAUGCAUAUUUUUGUCGUAGCUUUGUGAUGCUGAUGGGGUCGUUCUGGUCAACUGCACCACAAGUGUUUGGGUUUUCUCAAUGAUCAUAGUUCUUUGUAUAUUAUAUAACUCAGGUGAGGAUUUUGUAAUCCCUGUUGCAGUGAAAUGAAAAGUGGAUCAUGUUGCUCUAGGUGCAAGAUCAAGAUACAGAGUGGGAGGACUCCGCCGCCUUUUCUUGACGCCUGGUGUCAUCAGUACAGUUCUUUCUGCCAACUGACACAUUUUGGUAGUGUCACAUUUGAAGGACCUUGACAGGUGCCACUUUAAUGGUUUUAUGUUGGAAGGGUUUCGGUUUUGAUGGAUGAAACAAACUCCUAAUCUUAACAGCAGAAUGUAUGAACUUAAAAAAAACAAACACCUCUACAUCUUUGGCGCUUUUUUCAAAAACUUCUGAACUUUCAAAGGAAAAAUAUGAAAAGUGUACGGGUAAGGUCAGGCACUGAAGUGGAAGCAUGUUAACAUCUGCGGCUGGGGGUCAUAACUGCAGUGUAAAAUUUUGUUCUGGAAAAAAGAUGAUGCUUGUAAACAUUAGUGUCUUUCUGGAUCCUGGUGGUGGUUGACAGCAAAAACCACAAUGGCAGUUCCAAAGGAUAUCCCUGAAAAACUGUUCUUUUCUUACAGCACAUCUGUGCAGGAUUUUGAGUUGCUAAAUCUAGGUAUGCCUUUGCAGCAAAAAGACUUCAAGUCACUGUUAAGAGACUUUCAGCUCAAAUGCAGCCUGGCCUACAAUUGUUGUCCCAGCCAAUUUAGAAUGAUGUACGUUAAAGUGCUCCUGUGUGGUUGUAGUUGCAGCUGAAACUAACUACUAGACAGUUCAGGAUAUGUGAUCUUUGUAUAUGUCUGUCUGUCUGUGUACAUACUUAACUGUGUAUGCAAAGGGAGCACAAUUGAUCCUGAUUUCACACGGUGUUCCUCAUGUCAAACUUCUGUAGGGCCGACAACAAUGAAAUUCAGAAAAGCCCUUUGGGUUUUGUAGAACUGAGGUCAGUCUACAGAUAAACUUUUUCUCUAGUAUUUUCAAACUGAAAUAUUAAAUGGAAAAAAACCCUCCA